UUGGCUCCGCUGGUUGUGAGAACUCGAAAUGUUCAAGUCCGUUAUAAUUUUGGCUUUUGCAUUUAUUGCUUCCCAGUUUGCAAAUGGAUCCGUCAUUCCAAAUGAAGGUGUAAUUCCCGGUCUAUCGCAGGAACAAAUGCAACAAUUCGGAGGAAUCUGCAUUACUACAUUGGGCUUAAUGGUGAAGAAGACGGCUAACGAACAUAAGCACUUAGAAACGUUAAACAAAAGCGAGGGCGAUAAGAAGCAGUCAAUCGCUGCACAAAACUUCGAGAAGAUCGGUGGAAGGUACUUCUACAUAGAGAAGGAAAACAAGCUGAAUUGGUUUGCUGCAGUAAAGGCCUGCAAAACUUUGGGAGGUCAAUUGGCGGUAAUCGAAAAUCAAGAGGAGAUGAAUGCAAUUUAUGAGAAACAGUCGGUCGGUAAAUACUGGCUGGACCUCAACGACCUGGUAAAAGAAGGCGAGUUUGAGAGCUGGACCACUGGCUUGAAGGCAUCCUUUUUAAAUUGGAGAUCCGACCAACCCGACAACUUUGGUCAAAAGGAGAGUUGCGUCACCAUGUUCGGCCCCCUAAUGUAUGAUGACAACUGUGAAACCGAAAACUAUUUUGUCUGUCAAGCCUAGAUUAUGUUAAAUAAUACUUAAAGUUCUUUUUUUAAAUAAAAUAAAUAAAAUAAAAACGCAGCAAAGAAGAUAAAACCCAACUAGCGGAUCUUUUCAAUAAAGAAAA